AUUAUCAAUGUGCCGGUUGAAUUUUAUUAUGUAUUGCUAUUGAACGUGUUAAAUUAGGAGUUAUUUGAAAAUUAUUGGACAAUUAAUACACUGGAGAUGGAAUUGAAGCCACACCGUUUUUGCUCAUCUCACUGGUGUAUGGAAAAACUGUGCGUCAUAUUCGCCGUCAUAAAUGCCAUUACAUGUGUACUGGCUUUUCUUAACAGCGUGAUAUUACUAAUUUUCCUACUAGUUCUCUGGAUCUGGACUCUGUAUCAUGGAAAUAUUCCAACGUAUGAGGAUAGCGAAGGAUUGUUCUUUCUGAAUUUCUUCAUUAUUGGAGCAGUAAUAUGCAGCAUGCUUGCUGCGUCGGCACUCUACUUCGCCAUUCUACUGUGUCUUGGAAUACAAAAUGAUAACAAGCGCUACAUAAAGAUGUAUGUACAUUACGGCGUGACUGUUGUUGCUUUGAGCGUGUUGGGGUCGUUGUUGUAUAUCUGGCUGUUUUGGGAACAAGUGCGGAUAGAUGCUGUUAUCUCAUUAGGAAUUUGCUUGGCUUACUCAGGAAUCCUGUGUCUCAUAAACAAGACAUAUCUUGGAUCAGAUCAGCUGAAGGGAAACGACAGAUUGCUGAGCACAUCUUAUGUUCAACAGUCAUACGGAUGCCAGUAAAGUUAUCUGAAAGUUAUUA